AUGAUUCUCAGGUUCCUCCCCUGGACCAUCGACUUCAAAGCCACACCCGGUGCAGAUCAGCGAGAUGGUUCAGUUAGCCAUGCAGCUUUUGAUGGCCCAGCGCCCAUUGUCGGGCGCUUGUCAUCCGUGAGGGAUGACUUGGUCUUCAAAGGAUAUGCAUCAGGGCAUUCGGACGAUGGUUUGAAAGACCCGCAUCUCCAAAGUUUCGGCUACAGUGAGCGUCAUGAGAUCCGCUGGGGCCGAAGUCAGAGAUACAACCAACCUCGAUCCACAGCAACUCCCCAGGUCGAGGAACCGAUUUCUCUCACUCUGAAUGGAUUACACGAUGCUUCACAUCUUGGAGAUCAAGAAAACACGUGGGCAUCAGGAUCAUCGGACGAUGGAUGGAUUGACCCGAGUCAGCGUCAUCAAGUCCGCUCGGGCCGUAGUCAGAGAUUCAACCAGCCUCGACCCACAGCGACUCGAGCUCCAGGUUCGUCAACGGCGAGCACACUUCGCCCCCAGGCGCCAUGCUUUGAACCCCAAGAUGGAUCAUUGGACGCCUCGGCCCUUGAGGAACAAGAAAACGCAUGGGGAUUGCUCUCCACUGCUGAAUGGACGACCAGGGACUCCGAACAAGGCAACGGGGGUCUUCACAAUGCUAUUCGCGUUGGCAUUCGAGAAGGGGUAAUUGGCAAUCCGAUGUGGGUAGGCACUCUCGGCAUGCCUAGCGAUUCACUGACAGAGCCAACUCGAUCAGCCAUUGCCAUGAACAUGCAAAUGGUACACGAUUGCUUGACGGUCUUCGUGGAUGACAAUACGUUCGAGGGCCACUACACUCAAUUCUGUCGCUCGGUGCUUUGGCCAGUCCUUCAUUACCAGAUGCAAGAGGGGCCUCGGCAUGCUGAAUACGAAGGGUUCUCCUGGGACCAAUAUGUUAAGGUCAAUGAGGCAUUUGCCGAUGUGAUCAUCAAAGAAUGGAGGAAGGGAGAUCUCGAAUGCGGAUCCCUAAUCAGAGAAGUUUCCUCAACCAAGUUUCAUUUCUGGAAAACUGAACAAUCACAAGCAUGGCUGGAUGGAAUUUGGAACAUGAUGAAACACUAUCGACAGCGAGUGGAAGGCAGUUUCCUUGAACAAAGAGACAACUCCAUGGUCUUUCGCUACGAUACGGCACUGGAUUAUCCAGCUGCAAUUCGAUUCGCCAAUGACCUCGCCUACCAAGCCAGGGCUUUCCGCGGCCGCGAGUCCUACAAGAUCAUCCACAAAGACUCUGCUGUACACGCCGAGCCAGAUAUGAACAUCUCGAUGGAUUUCGCUGCAGAGCACGUCAUGGAUCAACUCCCAGAAAAUCUUAAUCCAGAGUUUGUGUUUGUCGUCGGCGGUGUCUGCGGCACGAAUGCGUUGUUUCACUGGGCAGAUAUGAAACAGCGGGAACUGCAAUUACCACCCCAGCGUCGAAUAGAUGAUUCCCAGCGUCAUUCUGGUUCUUUUUCUUUUAUUUAUACUGUGGGUAUGGGCUUGUAUGUUGAUGAUGCGAGAUACAAGUUGCCGAUGGACAGAUCACUAUUGAAUAUCUUGAGCUUUUUGUCUCGCCUUCCAACGCCCCUUUGGAGACCUCCACAAUAA